AUGAUAAUUAAUAACAAGUUCUCAGAUGAUGAAAAAUAUAAAAAGGACGAUAUUAUGCUCAAUAGUUGCUUAAAUAAGAAUAUUUCAAAAAAUGAUCAAAAACCAAAAUUAUUGUCUCAUGAAAACAAAAAUUCGAAACACACGUAUAAUGUGCAAAGGAUAUCCAAUUUUUUUGAUUCAAAUAAUAAGACAUAUAAAGAAGUGUCUGUAAAAAAUAUGGGGAAUAAAUAUAGCUGUAAAAUUGGAGACGAAAAUAAUAUAAAUAAGAAAAAUGGAAGCUAUAUUAAUUUUUUCAAAAAAAAUGUUAGGAGUGUAAUCAGUAAUAUAACUGGGAGAUUGAUAUUGGGGAGACAAGAUGAUACUGAACUGAUGAAAGGAUCCUUUAAUAAUCAACCAGAAAAUACAAAACGAAAAGAAGAGAAUAAAAUAAACGAAAGAAAAGAAACCAGUGUAGAACUGAAAAAAGAUACAAACAAUAUUAUAGAUAUACAAACGAAAAAUUAUGAAUCAUAUAAUUCAAAUAAAAAUAUAACAGGAUUAAAAAAUGUAUCUAUAAAUUUAGAUAAAAAGGAAAACAAAAGUUUUAACGAUACUAUUAAAAAUAAUAACAAAGGAUUUCUACCUUUAAAAAUAAAUAAAACUACUCUAACAAAUAAUGAUAAACAAUCCAGACAAUGGAAUACAAAAGAUAUUACAAAUAACACACCUAAAUCAAAUAAUAUAAAUAAUUCAAGCAUAUCAAAUCUUAAAAAGGGAAUGGAUUUCACUAAAUAUAAAAGUAUAGUCAGUAAAAGAACAUCUCUUAUUCAGGAGAAUAUAAAGCAUACCACUAAACGGAGCAUACAAGAUCUUAUAAAAAAUAAAUUAAAUGAAAAUAAUAAAUCAGGAAAAGAUAUUACAGGAAUAAUGAUGAAAAAAAUGAAUUAUCAAUUCCCUCUAACUACUCAUAAUAGUAUAAAUAAAAAAAUUCUAGAUAAUUUAAAAAAAAUACCUCCCUCGAAUAUACACACACUAAAUAGAAAAGUAAAAAUGUGUGGUAAAACAAUAAAUGAUAGGAAAAUAAAAAAUAAUUUAAAUAUAAAUCUAAAAGAAAAUAAAAAUAAACCGUUUUUAUUAAAAGGUCUUAAUAAAAAUGAAAAAAUUCCAUAUAAAAAAAAUCCUUAUACACCUACUUAUACGUCUAUUCGUGAUAAAAAAUUAACACGACAUGAAGAUUUGAAAAUAAUAGCAAAUGAUGAUGUAUUUCAUAAAAAUUUAAAAAGAAUGUUAAUUGAUACUAUUAUGAAUCCAGAAAAAGAAGAAAAAGAAGAAAAAAAUAAUAAAGUAAACAUAUCAAAUAAAAAAGAUUCUUUGUCAUUUUUGAAGAGGCAAAGUAGUAAUGUAACAAAUAAGAGCAGUCCAAUAAAUAAAGGACAAAAUAAUUUAAUGAAAAAUAAAAAUCCUAUUGAAACAAAACAAGAAAUGCUUAGAAGAUAUUCAACAGCAGUUAGAAACAGAAAUUCAAUUAAUAUAAAAUCUAAUAACACGACUCAAUAUAAUAAUACUAAUACAUCUAAUACUGUUAUUAUUAAUGAUAUAGAAAACACCGGAAAUAGUAAAAACAAUAUAUUAGUUAAUAAUGAAAAACAAACAGAAGAAAAUAUAUUGAUAGAUGAAGAUACACAAGGAAAGGGAACCAUUCAAGGAUAUAAAACGAUAGAUGUAAUAGAUAAAAUAAAUAGUAAUGCAGAUUUGGAAAACCUGAUAAGGUAUAGAACUAAUAAAAACGCAUUUGAAGAAUUGAUACAACGUAAUUUAAAUAUAGAUGAAAAGAAACAUGUCAUUUUAAAAAAUAUAGAAAAAUUUAAAGCUAGUUCCGUUUCCUCUUUAAAUAGAAUUAUCGAUAAAGAUGGUGAAAAUAAAACCGAUGAAAAUAAUACAUCAAUCAAUAAUAUUCUUAAAAUAGAAAAAUAUCAAAAUAUAAAAGGAGAAAUUAAUGACAUAAAAACAUAUCCAGAAACUGAAACACAUAUAUUACCAUUACAUGAUAUUAAUCUAUCUGAUAUAUCAAAUUUGUUACCCAACAAAAUUAUAUUUUCAAAUUUAGAUAAAGAGUAUACAAUUGUUAAAAAGAUUCCCAAUAUUUUGGUGAAUAAAGAUAUAAAUAAUUUCUCUUGCCAAAACGAAAUUCCUAAAGGAAAGAUUCAAAAUAUUAAUACAAAAAUUAAUGAAUUUGAUAAAGCAUUAAAAGAAACACAUAAUUACAAGAAAAGUGUAAGUUCAAAAGAUGAGAGAUAUAUCUCAUUGGAUCUGGAUAGACAUUGUGAAAAUAAUUCCAAAUUAAUAAAUGAAAAUUGUGUAGAAAUUGAAACUAAAAAAAUAAAUUCCAAAAUUUGUUCUCAUGAAACAGAUUUUGUUAGUUGUAAUAAUGAGAAUAAUUUAGUAUCUUCUUUUUACAAAGAAACGAAAUGCAUAUCAUCUUUGAUAAAAAAUGAAUCUGAUCAAAAUGAAAAUAGUGAAGCUCGAAAAAAAUAUGUAAGUGAAGAUUUUAAUUGUGAAGAAAAACCAAUAAGUAAUAAUCACGAUAUAUUCAAAAAGGGGGAAAUAUCGAGUCAAUACAAAUCUUAUGAUGAAGAAAAUGAUCAAAUUUUCAACGAUGAUGAAAAUGAUCAAAUUUACAACGAUGAAGAAAAUGAUCAAAUUUACAAUGAUGAUGAAAAUAAUAUAAUAAUAAAAGAUUGUAAAUAUAUGGAAAUGUUAUUGAAGAAUUCUGAAGAAAUAAAAGACGGGUCAAAAUGUCAUAAUAAAAAAAAUAAACAAAUAAUAAAUAAUAAAAUAAUAAAUAAUAAAAUAAUAAAUAAUAGUAGUUUUAUUCCAAGCGACAUGAUAUCCUGUUUUGAAAAGAUGAACAUAAGUGAAAGCAAUUUGAAAGGCGAUCAAAAUGAAUACAAUAUCAGUAAUCAAUCUAAUGAGUUAAAAGAUGAAAUGAAUAAUAAUAAUUCGAAAAAGAACGAAAAAAAUAAAAACUUGAAUUGUAUAAAUUUAAAAAAAACCUCAGUUGAUAUAGAUAAUGAUAUAGAUAAUGAUAUAGAUGAAAUAGUGACAAUAUUCAAAGAAACAAUUAUAGAUAGAAUAGGAAAAAAUAAUAUUAAUGGAUUGUUAUAUGACAAAAGUGCACAUACUGAUGAAAAAUUAAAAGAAAAUACAUUCGAUUUUGAAAAAAAUAUAAAUUUCCAAAAAAAUGAGGAAAAGGAGACGGCAAAAUUGAAACACGAAAAAAAUUGUGAAAAUAUUGAAAACGUUGAAAAUGUUGAAAAUGUUGAAAAUGUUGAAAAUGUUGAAAAUGUUGAAAAUGUUGAAAAUGUUGAAAAUGUUGAAAAUGUUGAAAAUAAUCAGAAUCAAGCUAAUAAUACUAAGUUGUUGAAGGAUAAAAAUGGAAAGAAAAAAAGAAGAAAAUGGAAAUGUAUAAAAAAACAAAUGUCAUAUAUUAAAACACAUGAAGGAAAAUAUUUAAUUAAAGAUACAUAUGCUAAUAGUAAACAGUUUGGAAUAACUUAUUGUUUGGGUAGUGAUGAAAAUGAAACAAAUUCUGUUACACUUUUAAAUGAUGACAAAUUACUAUAUAAAAAUAAAAUGUGUGUAAAUUUUUCAAAACCCAAAGUUGGUAAAUAUAGUAACAUAAAUAAUAAAAUUGGCAAUAAGAUUUUUUCGUUAAAUAAAUAUUCGAACAAAAUAAUAUUGAGGAAGGAAAAAUAUAUAAUGAGUAAUUUUUCUUUUAAUUUAAAAAAAAAUUAUAAUCUCAGUUUAAAUAAUCAAAAUGUUAAUUUUUUUAAAAUAAAAAAAGGAAAAUUUUGUAAUAAACAUGAAAAAUUUUGUAAUAAAAAUGAAAAAUUUUGUGAUAAAAAUGAAAAAUUUCACAAAAAAAAAAAUAAGAUAGAUGUGAUAAAUUUAGAGGCUCAAAUUGGUGGUAAUACCAAAAUUAAUAACAGUUCUGGUUAUAUCACCAAAAAUAAUAGCAACAUUUGUGGAAAUAAUAAUACGAAAAAGCGAAAAAUUGAUUUACCUUUAGAAAAAAAUAAUACACAAAAUUAUGAACAAGUCAAGAGCAAACAAAUUAAUUCCAUGCAUUCUUUACAAGCAUGUGUUUUAUCACAAAUGGAUGAUGAAAUUAAAAAUUCUCAAGAAAUUUUAACUAGCCAAAGUGUAAUAUAUAAAAUAAAAGAUGGUGUGACAGAAAAUCAAAGUGAACAAAAAGUUGAAAUUGGUAAUUUAUUCCAAGCUGAAGAUAGUGAAAAAAAUAUGCACACUAAGGAAAAUGGAUAUAAUGAAGAUGAUGGGAAUAAAAUGACAAAAUCUUUCCAUUCUGAUAAGCAUGAAAAUGUUUUCAAUUUUUUACAAACUGAAUCUGAUAAUAACUUGGAAAAUUUAUAUAAUACCCCCUCGAAUAAAGAAGGAAUAUUUUUUUAUGAACAUGGAUGGAUAAAUAUAAUUUUACAACUGAUAAAUAAUAAUAAUUUGUAUUUAGCAGAAAAUUUAAUGAUCUUCCUUUUUCAAAAAGAAGAACAAUUAUAUAAAUCGUUUAUAAAUGAUGAAAAUGAAUUUGUUGAGACAGAGGAAUAUAUAAAAAAAGGCAAUGAAGAAAAUAAUAACUUUUGUAUAAAUAUCAAUGAAAAUAAUAGAAAAAAACAAAAAAUGAAUAAAAAACUCUCAUCAUUUAUGCAACAAAUUUAUAUGAAAUGUCCUUUAGAUUGGCCUUUGUUAGAUAUUGGAAUUUUAAUUAUAGUUUCUCAGAUUGUUUGCUAUAUUUUUAAUUAUAAUAAAAUACAAUUUUUUUUUGAUGCAUGUAGAAUAUUUGAAAAAUAUUGUAUUGGAAUUUUAUUAAACUCAUCAUUAAUUUGUACAAAAAAGAAUGGAAGUCUUGUUUUUAUGUUUGAACAUGAAUUUUUUUAUCAAAUCGUUAUUUCUAAGAAUUAUAAAAUAUCUAAAGAGGUGAUAAAUUAUCAUUCAAGCUAUUUAAAAAAUGAUUAUUUUAUUCAAGAAAAAACUAUUUUAGAUUAUAUUUUUAUGGCCUUAGCAUGUUACAUUACUAUAAGCCAAAAUUUGAAGGAUUAUGUUGAAAAUAAUAAUAUUAUUUACUAUUUGAACCUUUUUCAUAAAGGAAUUGAUUCAAACGAAGCCUCAGGGGCAAUGUCUGACAUUUUCCCCGAGAAAAAAUUCAAAAGAAGACGGAAUAACAAAAACAGUGGCGACAUCAUAAAUAAACCGUUUGGAAGAGCAGUCUCCUCAGAUAGUGCACAAUAUUUUAAUAAUGAAAAUGUUAUCAAACGUAGACACUCUGAAAGUAUAGGUGAGUGUAAUAACAGCCCGGAGUGUAGAAAUGGAGAAAAGAACCGAGAUAAAAUACACGAAAAGAACCGAGAUAAAAUACACGAAAUGAACCGCGACAAAACACACGAAAAGAAGGUAAAAAAAAGGCUAAGUAUAUUGAGAACAGUUAAAUGUAUAAAAAAAUUAAAGAAAAUAAAAGGAAUUAAUAAAGUUGAGAAAAAUCGAGAUUUUGGAGAAUUGAAUAAUGAUAGCCAAGUUAAUAAAAACUGUUGGGUAAAUAAAAGUGAAUCAUUUGACAACGCAAGGACAAAUAAAGAAAAUGUAAUAAAUAAUUUAAAAAAACGAAGAUAUUCAAAUAUAGAAAAAAAUGAAAUGAAUUAUUUAUUUAAAAAUAGAAAAAUUGAUACAAUUGUAAAAUAUCAUACUAAAACCAAAUUUGAAAAAUUAUUGUGUUUAAUAAUUAUUGAAAUAUUUAAUUUAAUAUAUGAUAAUAGAAAAUAUACUAUUGAAAAUAUAUUAAUAAUUCGAAAAUUUUUUCGCAUUUUUCUAAAUUAUGCUCAAAAAAAGUUCAUUUCGUUGUCUAUAUAUAUCUAUUCAAAAAAAAGUAAAAAAAAAAGUUUUCAUAAUUUACAAAAUAAUGAAUUUAAGGAUUAUAUACAAUUCGAAUUUGAAAAUUCUACUCCGAAUUUAGACAAAUCAUUAGCGAAAGACAAUCAUAUUAAUAUUAGCAAAGUUGAUAAGGAUAGUCAAAAUUGCAGAAAUGAUAAAAAUAUGUUAAAUAAAAUCGACACAUAUUAUUGUAAUAAGGAAAGUUCUUUUAGUUACGAUUUUAGUUUAGAAAAUGGAAAUUUAUUUAUUCCAAUGCCAAGUUAUAUAUAUGAAAAUUAUUAUAAUAUGUGGGUAUGGAUUGAGAGAAUAUUUUGUGAAAAUUUUUAUCAAAUAAAUAAUAUGUUAUUCAAUUUUUUUAGUUUUGAAAAAAAUGAAAUAGAUAGUAAAAAAAUAAAUAUUGAUUAUAGUAAACUAGAAUUAAUAAAUCGAAAUAUAAAAAGAUUUUCAUCUUUACAAAAAAGAAAUGGUUUCAUUUUAAAAGAGUAUUGGAAUAUUUUUGGUUUAAAAAAUGGCGAAAAUAAUGGCGGAAAUAAUGGCGGAAAUAAUGGUAUCGACUUUUUGAUAGAAGAUAAUGAAUUUCUUCCUGGAAUUAUUAACUCCAAAAAACUGCUUCCUAAUUGUUAUUCACUUGAAGAAUGGUCAGGAAAAAACAAAUUAUUUUAUGAAUUAGAAAAAAAAGACCAAGAGUAUGAUAUACUUUGUUCAUAUUUUUUAUCAUCUAUACAUUGUAUAUGUAAAACUUAUUUAAGCAUGGAAGAAAUUCCAUCGUUUCUCCAUUUAAAAAAUAAAAAUAACAUUAUAUUAGAUGAUACGUUAAUCUCCUCAAAUGAAAUAAAUUUAUUUUUUACAAAAACAACAUUAAAAGAAGAUUCAAAUGUAUGCGAAAAAAUGAAUAAAACUUUGAAAGCAGAUGUAGAUCAGAAUAAAAAUGGAAAAGUAAAUCUAUUGCAUAAAGAAAAUAGACAAAAUUUAUGUGACGAUUUUGAAAAAAAUAUUUUAUUAUUAAAACGAUUAAAAAAAAGAUUAAAAGUAUAUGAUAUACAAUGGUAUGAAGAAUAUGAAAAGAAAUAUUUUUAUUUAUUAAAUUGUAUAAAUUUAUUGAAAAAGCAAUUUAAAAAAAAUAAAUUAUUUUAUAAAAUUAUGAAAAAUAAUAUAUCAUCUAUAUGGUUAAAUAAAAUACAGAUAUAUUUACAAUAUAUACAAAUAGCAAUUAAUUGUAAAUUUAUUUUAGGUUAUACAUAUAAUAAUAUUUAUUUAUUUAUUAAAAAAAAAUAUUCCUUUGUUAUUGCAAUUAUAGAUCAUUAUGUGAAUUCAAAAAUGGGCGAAACUGUAGUUACUACUAUUAUUGAGAAAACUGAUAAAACAAACAAAGACAAUCAAAAUUUGAAUAAAGUUGAAAAAAUGUCUGAUUCUUCAAUAUUAGAUUUUCCUAUGGAAAUUGGGGAUAUUUUUAUUGAUGAUAAUUUUUUGCUAACUGCAUGGGAAAUUGCAAAUUUUUAUUUUUGUAUUUUAUAUUAUAAGUUAGAGUUAAAAACUAUUUUAAUUGAGAUACUAAAAUGGAUAUAUUUUUUUGAAAAAAUUGGAACAAAAUAUUCACAACAAUUAUUUAAAUUUCGUUGUAGUUCAUACAUUUUGCAUAUCCUUAUUUUGGUGAAUAAAUAUCAAACUGCUCAAAGUGUGAUGAAAAAUAUUUCCCACCAUUAUAUAAAGAGGGUGGACAAACCGAAUGGGGAAAGGCUUCAAAAUGGAGAAGAGUCGGGAAUGAGAAGAUGUAUAUUGCCUUAUUUAAAAAAAAACAAAAUGGUGAAUAAAAUUUUGGAAAAUUUUGAUAAAGGGAUGAAGAAUGGAAAUGAAAAAAAAAGUGAGAAUGUUGUAGAAAAUAUAUUUCCUCAUUUUGAAAAAAAAAAAAUAUUAUAUUCGCAUAUUAUAAAUAAAUGCUAUUUAUAUAAUAAAUGGGUAAAUUAUAUGAUAAUAAAAUAUAACAAAAUUUUGAUUUAUUUAUUAAGAAGAAACAAUAUUGUGAAACUAAUUUUGUUUAAUAAAAAAAAUUUAAAUAUUCUUAUGAAAAAUCGAAAAGAAAAGAUACUAAUAAAAGAUAUUAGUAAAAAUAUGAUUAAGUUACAAAAUAUUUUACUUUUUUUAUAUUAUUUAUCUAUUAAAUUGUAUAAAAGUUAUUAUUAUCAUUCAUCUAUUUUGCAUAACAUUACAUCUAAGCAGAUAUUAGAAGCAUCUAAAUAUUUGAAUAUAAAAAUAAAAAAAAAACAGAUUAUAAUGAAUUAUAUUACUUCAUUUCAAAAUUAUAAAUCUUAUAAAACAAAUAUAUCAAUGAAUUAUACAUCUAACAGUCCUACACAUUUGUCUAAUUUAUCGGACACAUUCCCUAGUUCAACUCUUUUCAAAUCUACUUCCUCAAAUUAUGAUAAUAAAUUUAUAAAUAUUGGCGAAUCUACAAUUCUUUCAAGCGAUUGUAUAAAAAGUGAUAAAAAUGGUUCUUUUAUUUGUGUAAAUUCAAAUUUACAAACAAACAAAUUACAUGACAACAAUUAUGCAAAUAAUAGUCAAAAUAAUGAUGAUAUGUUUUAUCUACAUGCUUUAAUAUUGAGUAUACAAAUACAAUAUACUCUUUCUAUUUGUAUUAUUUUAUGCUCAGACUUAUUUAUUGCACCGAGAAAGGUAAACAGACUUAUGAAAAUGAAAAAUAAAAAAAAAAAAAAAAAAUUUAAAUCAACUAACUUUGUUUUAUCUUUGUUUAGCUAUAAAUUAUUAUCUAAGCAUUAUAGAAUCAUAAAUGGAAAUUCUUAUAAAAAAAAAAAAGAAAAAUAUAAUAAUAUGAUAAGCCCUAUUGAAAAUUUGGAAAAAAAAAAUAAUCUAAAACCUUGCGAAGAAAAAUUUAAUAACUUAACAAAUAAAACUAACAUAUAUGAUGCUAAUUAUUCUACACAAGUCGAAAUAAAUGGCCAUAGUCCACUUAACGAUGGUAAUAUAGAACCAUAUUAUGUCAAUCAAAAUAGUUGCAAUGGGGGCAGUUGCAACGAAUGCGAUAAUGAAUCAGUUAUUCCAUUAGAAACAAGUUUUAAAAAAGAAUACAAUUCUGAUAUUUUAACUAAUGAAUUAAUAAAUGAUUUUGGAAAAAUGAAUGAUAUAAAUUAUUUAAGUGAUUUCGUUCCAGGAAAAUAUGAAAAUUAUAAAAAAAAUAUUUUGAAAAAAAAAAAUUAUAAUAAUAUUUAUGAAAAUAUGUCUAUACUUAAAAAAAAAAACAAUUAUCAUGUUUUAGUUAAAAUAUCUACAUGGUUAAGCAAAAAUGCAGUUUUACAAUUGACUUGGAUUGCAGAGAAAUUAUUUAAAAUAUGUCUCCCCGAGAUGUUAUGCGUAGUUUUAGGAUUGCAGGCAAACAUGCUUGUCAGCAAAAAUAUCUUACCAAAUGUAAAACGAAUUGACAGAAUUAUGAAGUUGUGUUCAGAAAGCCCACAACUUGUCUAUUUCUCAACAGAGUCUUUGAAAAAAUACAAAAAUAAGAAAAACUGUCAAAUAUAUAAUAAAUAUUUUAAAAUUUAUAAAAAAUCGAAAAAAAUAUUUUUAGAAAAAAAAAAGGAAAUUAACAAUUCAGAAGACAUUAUGAACGAGCUUUGCAAACAUUUCCUAAGAUCGUAA